AUGGUGGCGGGAAUUUCCUGUGGCCACGUGGUGGUGGUGCCUUACCAUGAGAAGGCGGCGGUGGUGGUGGAUACUUGUGUGUUGGAGGUGGUGAAUUAUGCGGCGGGUAGCGAGUUGGAGGCGGGGGCAGGAAGUGGUGAGAUGGGGACGGUGGAGAAUAAUGACCAUGGGGUGGAGAAUGAUGAGCGGGAGGUGAAAAAUGAGGCGGUGGUGCAUGGUGAGCUGGGGGUGGUGGAGGAGAUGGAAAAUGAGGUGGUGGUGCACGGUGUGCGGGAGGAGGCGAGCCGUGGUAGGACGGUGGCUCGACUGGCGCCAACGACUCGUGGUGGUGGUGCUUCCCAUGCUCAGAUCCAGGGUGUGCAGCCAGCGGCGCCUCGGCAUAGGGCUCAUGAGCUAGUGCUUCUACCGGUGGGAAGGCAUAGGGAGACGACGCAGCGCUACUGCACGAGGAGAACGCAGCGGCAAGAGCAACAAGGAGGGCGAUGCCCUUCAUGUUCGUGGUGGUGCCCAUGCUGUGGUUUUUGGCUUGCCUCCGAUGCUCGUCCAUUUCGCGCCUUAUAUAGUGGCAGUGGCCGUUUGAAUCUUGAGUUUGAUGUUACCAAACCCAUUAUCUUGGGUUGGGUGCUGUUGGUGGACAAACUGCAGAGGGCUAUCCCAAGAAUGUGCGACGGCUUGACUGGGCCGUGCUUCACGGGGACGAGGCCGCGCAACUUCCGUGCUGUUGGACUUCGAAGCAGUGGUUUUGAAGUCUAG